AUGAGAAAAAAAAUUACGACGCAAGUGUUGACGAUGGCGCUCGUAAUGUUACCGUGUGACCUGCCUUGGUGGACUUCAGUUCAACGUCACUUAAAACACCUCCUUUUAGCUUCAUCGUCCGUCAAGCUUACAGCAAACAUGAUGAAAAUUCAUGACAUGUGCAAUAUAGGAAUUGAUCCAGACGAUGACGUUAAAGACCCGGAGCUCAUGAAGGGCCUUGAGGAAUUCCUUGAAGAAGAGUUGACAGAAGAGGAAAGAAGAAAUUUUUUGGACAAUACAAUUAGAAUCCUCGUGAACAAAGCACUCCAUCUAAAGAGAUGGCGUCCGCCUAAAGGGCUUAUGUUCAGUUUACAGCAACAAAGCGAUGUUACGGAGUUGGAUUACAAUUUUCUUUCCUCUCUAGUUGCUCAUGCAUUUUUCUCCACUUUCCCCAAAAGAACGCUCAAAACUCAUCCGACUUUACAAGACUUCAAUUUCACACAUUUUUUUAAGAAUUUACACAGAAAAUCACAAAGAAAUAAAUUAAAAAGUUUGCUACAUUAUUUUGAGUGGUUGGACAAAAACAGCAACGAAGGAUCAGUGAAAUUAAGUAGACAGGUUAUGACUUCAAAACAGUGGUUAACAAUAGAAGAUUGGCUAGAAUGUACACUGCCACUAUGUAAGUUUAUGGUAAGGCACGAGGGACGGCCAGAACGAUGCGAAAACGAUGAUGCCAUCAGAGUUUGCUUUGCGAGCAGCCGAGUUGGUGGAGACGUUCUCAUCGAUGGGGACUCGCAAGAAUCAUUGGCUAUGUUCAUGAUGCCGGAAUUGCUGCCCGUUAUGCUCUCGGUAGAGGCGCUAGAAGACAACGAAGUGCUAAAAGCUGAAGGGGUCAGAUUAUUUAGUCGGAUAAGCGACAAAAAGCAAAAAGCCAAUAUCGAACUACUCGCCGAGCCUAAAACAGUGACGGUGUGCUUAAUGGAUGCAGAGGAUUACAGCGCUUUGCCACUUGGGCAAUGGGAGGAAGAUAACGUUCUUCGCGAACUGAACAAAUGCCUCCUCGCGUUCCAGCAGUCGCCAAUGAAGAGUCGCGAUGGCCAGCAACACCAGGAACGAAGACUCUCGCCUAUUGGCGAAUCGUUGAGCCAUACCCCUGAAGUGGAGGCGACUGUAAUGAUAAAGCAGGCUUCGUCCUGCAGUACUAUAAACAGUUGCAACAGUCGAAGCCCAUCUCCGCAAACUUACUGCGCAGCCACCCUUAAUUUAAACGAUCCAAGCGUGGAACUAACCAAGCGGAAAUGUUGGUUGUCGCCCGACGGAGGCACUUUGAACAACCGUCGCGGGCGGUUCAUAGUGCUCGGCUCCUCCGGUGAAUGUCUUCCAGUGACUAGAAGCCCAGGCCUGAUUAAUUUGGACACCCAAGAGGACAGCCUCUACUCAAGUUGCAACUCCAGUGACGACGAAUACCACAGCGCUAACGGCAGCUUCGAUAACGGUGGUAGCGAGGACGAAGGCAGAGGUGAGAGCGCCCGCCCUAAUUCUUUGCAAUACUCUAAGGGGCUGUCGACUGAGGAGCGGAGGCUGAGUUUUGCAGAGCGACUCCGCGAGGCGCUGCGCCGCGAGGCGGAGAACUCCUGCACCACCAGCACCACGGGCGACUGGUCCACAGACAGCUCAAGUUACGCGGCCGGCGUCAGCAUUCCCUGCGCGGAUGCGAACGACAACGAUGCUAGAGUGAAACGCGGCAGCUCCGUGGGCUUCGUGCUGACGGAAAAGGAAAUCCUCGACAAUGGCAACAUAUCCCCAACUCCACGACCACUCGAGAGAAAGGAAACCGGCAAUAGCUCCAAGUAUAGCUUCAGCACAGAAUACACAUCUGAAUUAGAAGAAGUUUACGAGCAAUUUAACCACUGGCUCAACGACCCUAUUGGCAAAAACGCCAUAGAGGAUAAUAAAAGUCGAGAAUUAGAUCCGAGGGAUAUGGCAGUGAUAAGGUUCGCUGGUUCGUUGCUCAAACGUACACUGAGCGAGUCCAUGGCGAGCGGCGCUGGGGGCGCGGAGGCGGCAGAGCUCUACGGGAGGGACAGCCGCGACCGCGCCACGCCGCGCCGCCUGGCGCUCGCCGCGCGCUCCCUGUCGCUGGAACUGGCGCGCCAUCGGCACCGACUCGCCGCCCAUCUGAGACGUAAAAUAAAGCAAUCAAUCCCAGAAGAGAUAUUAGAGAAAACUCGAGAGAGGAACACAAAUGGCGACAAUAGUUCUGACACAAAUGGAUCUAAGUCACUGGACUCGUCCACAGAGACAUCUUCAACGCAGUUGUCCAACCCUAAUUUAAAAAAGAAAAAGCUAAAUUGGGUAGUGAACAUGAUAGUAGAGACGAUAGAAGAGACAGUCGAAUGCGAACCCGUUACUGUUGCUAUAAAGAAACCUAAGCUGAACGAGCUGGCCAACAAGAUCGUAUCGGGCGGGUCGUGCCGACCGGUCGCGACUGGCAACUGGGGCUGCGGCCGAAGGCAACGCGGCCACCCGCAGCUCAAGCUGCUUCUGCAGUGGCUUGCCGCGAGCGUCGCCGGUGUUCCCGCACUUAUUUACUACACUUGUGGAAAUGAGAAACUGUUUAAGCUGGAUACAUUGGUGAGAGUGCUGGUGGACAGAAAAUGGACGGUGGGUCAGCUUACGCGGGCAGUGUUGAAGUUCGCACGUCAAAUCCUACACGAACCCCACGUCAUCCCGGAUAACCACUCGCUGUUCGACGAAUUAAUCGGCAUCGAGAAGACAGCAGACGACUGU